AUGGCUCUUGGGAACAGUGUCGUUGAACAUGAAAAUAUUUGUGACCUAGCUGCAUUGCUCUCCAUCUCUUUGAAGUGGAUGAAAACUAUACCUUUAAGAGAAAACAAUGCAUCCCAUCACUGGCUGAAGCAGCAACUUGUGCAAGUGACAUGCUGUCCCGUUUCCAUUUCUCCUAUUUCUUGUCAUGACAAGCAGCUGUCCACUCCUGGCUCUGAUCUUUCUCAGGUGCCUGCGAAAGGGGACUUUGUAGUUCAAAAACGAGGCAGGAAUGAUAGAAAUAUUGGAGGGCCGUGGAGCGUGCAGGCCGUGGCCUGCAGUCUGCGCACUGCGGCGCCUGCCCUGCCCUGCCCGCUGUGGCCCUGGCGGCUGCCGGUGGGCCCCAUCCGGACGCUGCGCAGGGGACGGGCUCUGCUACCAAUGCAUAAAUUCACGGAGAAACAUGAGUGGAUAACAACAGAAAACGGUAUUGGAACAGUGGGAAUCAGCAAUUUUGCACAGGAAGCUUUGGGAGAUGUUGUUUAUUGUAGUCUGCCUGAAGUUGGGACAAAACUGAACAAACAAGAUGAGUUUGGUGCUUUGGAAAGUGUAAAACCUGCUAGUGAACUAGAUUAUUCUCCUCUGUCAGGAGAAGUAACUGAAAUUAAUGAAGCUCUUGCAGAAAAUCCAGGACUUGUCAACAAAUCUUGUUAUGAAGAUGGUUGGCUGAACAAGAUGACACUGAGUAACCCUUCAGAACUAGAUGAACUAAUGAGUGAAGAUGCGUAUGAG